UGCUAGGUGCUUUGGCUUGGGGAAAGCUUGCGCGCAUGCGUGGACGUUUCAGAGUGGCGCUGUUCGCUUGGGAUGGUGACUGUUUUGGGGCUGUCAGUGGAGCCCGCACUGCUGCCGCUCACUAUAGAGGGGAGAACCGGCCUCGGGGGUCCGGGGGCUCCGGUGACUGACACCUGGGAUAUCAGAGCAGCACUAGGACCAGCCGGCGGGACAAGGGGACGAUCCCCUGGGGAGCAGUGACAUCCAGCAGCCGCACAGCCCCGGAGGGAAUGAUGAACAGGUUCAGAAAGUGGCUGUACAAACCCAAGAGGUCGGAUCCGCAGCUUCUUGCUCAAUUCUACUAUGCAGACGAAGAGCUCAACCAAGUGGCUGCUGAACUGGACAGCCUGGAUGGAAGAAAGGAUCCGCAGAGGUGUACGCUACUCGUAAACCAGUUUCGUUCGUGUCAGGACAAUGUUUUGAAUAUCAUAAACCAGAUCAUGGAGGAAUGUAUACAGAAUGAGCGGGCCAACCGGGAUUUUUGUGUAAAAUUUCCUGAAGAAAUUCGCCACGACAAUCUCGCUGGACAGCUCUGGUUUGGCGCAGAGUGUUUGGCUGCCGGUUCAAUCAUCAUGAACCGAGAGAUAGAGAGCAUGGCUAUGAGACCGCUAGCUAAAGACCUGACCAGAAGCCUUGAGGAAGUUCGCAAUAUCAUCAGAGACCAGGCUCUCAGGGAUCUGAAUAUCUAUACAGAAAAAAUCAAAGACUCUCUCCGGCACUUUGAUGUUCUCUUUGCAGAGUUUGAACUAAGCUAUGUGUCUGCAAUGGUACCUGUAAAAUCCCCGAAAGAGUACUAUGUGCAGCAAGAAGUAAUCGUCCUUUUCUGUGAAACUGUAGAAAGAGCCUUAAAGCUUGGAUACCUCACUCAAGACAUGAUUGAUGAUUAUGAACCAGCAUUAAUGUUUACAAUCCCAAGACUAGCUAUCGUAUGCGGGCUUGUUGUUUACUCUGAAGGACCACUAAACCUCGAUCGCAAAGCAGAAGACAUGUCUGAACUAUUCCGGCCUUUCCACACAUUACUUCGAAAAAUCAGAGAUCUUCUUCAGACAUUAACGGAGGAAGAGCUGCACACUCUAGAAAGAAAUCUUUGCAUUUCACAAGAUGUGGAGUUUCCCGUCCGGACAGACCCAGAAGUGCCCUCCGCGAUCUCUCCUGUCUUAGUCACUGCCUUACCUACGGAAGAUCCACUUUCGUCAAAAGCUGAAAACACUGAGAUUGAACUGGCUUGCUCUAUGCAGUAUGAUGAACAGGAACUGGAGCAGCUAAAUAUGAUGGUUCAUAGAGUAGGGGAUGAAAUGUCUUCUUUACUUUCUCCACCAAGUGUCUGUCAGUCACCUGCACACAGGGCUACAACUUCUAGCACCGAGGCCUCCCCUAGCAGACGUCCUCUGGAUAACCGCAAUGAUGAAGAAGAUAGGGUGUUUUUCAUGGAAGACCUUGAAGGCGCUCUAGAGGGUCUUACUAGACAAAGGACGGCUGACAACACUGUAGCAUGGGUCAACAGUUCCUGUUACAAUCCCAAGCAGUUGCCUCAGUGCCAAGAAACCGUUGUGCAAAAUAGGGAGGGGGACAAUACUAAUCUCUUGAAAGAUGUAGAAAGCGAUUUAAGCAAUAACAACAACAUUGAUGGGAGUAAAAUCCUCAUGGCGAGUGGUUCUCUGCAAAACUCUUGUAGUUGUCUAGAAGUGACGGAUUCACAGUUAUACCUCAAUGGCUGGGACGCGAGCGGUGACGACGCGGAGACUGCAGAAAUCAUUGCGCACAGAACUGGUGGGAUGAAGAUUUCUGCUACUGUCAUUUUUAACCCUAAGUCUCUCUCUACUCCGGUGUCACCAGAAGCGUCACCGGAUUUAGCCAGCAGCCACGUUCCCCUUUCCUCAGACCCCUUAACAAACAACGAUGAGGAAGAGGCGAACAAACUUAGUAUAGCCGCCACUAACUGUUUAAUCAAUUCUUGUGUAUGUUGCGGGAGCUGCGACGACACUAGAGAAGAUGGCUUAGACAACUUAAGAAAUGUUAACUCCUCGGGUAAAGUUAUAAAUGCUUCCUAUAGUUUAAUAAAGUCCAAAGAAUUGGGCCAUUUAGACAGACCAGAGAGCUCCGUGGCUGCUAAAGACGCACUAAAAAUGGAAAAUUCUCCCGUUUUGUUAUUAGAAAGAGAGGCGGACAGACCGGAACUAACACACCUUCAUUCCUCCAAGUGCCUGACACACAACUCUGCUUCCCAGCUAGGGACAGACAGUGAAUCUGAGGAGACCGCCGGGAUCUCAAGUGCUCAACUAAGAAGGAAUCAAAGAAGGAAAAAAAGUGAAAGUGAGAGAGGGCCAUCACAAAAAAACGAGGGGAACAGCUCUGAAACCGGAGUGAAAGAAGAAACCAGAUCUAGUACCAGUUCUCAGGAUGACUCUCCCCUCAACUCUAUGGCCAGCAGUGACUUUGACAGUGUGUCUGUCACCACAUGUAGUCUCUCCAGCGGUUACACUCUGAGCAGCCUCAUGACCAGCUCCUGCUCGUCAGAUGACAUUGAUCAGGAGGAAAUUCAACUGGCGUUGAAAGCUGCAAAGAUUGCUUCCAGACAGAAGAUCCGAUCCCGCUUCCACAGCAGUAAUGACCUCAUUCACCGACUCUUUGUCUGCAUCUCAGGUGUUGCCGAUCAGUUGCAGACAAAUUAUGCAAGUGAUUUAAGAAGUAUCCUGAAGACGUUAUUCGAAGUCAUGGCCACCAAGCAAGAGGUGGACGACAAGGGGAAGCAAAAGAAAGUGAGCCAAGGACUAAGGAGUGCUGCACUAGAAGAUUGUGCCCUCUGCCAGGAAACAAUCUCCUCCUCAGAGCUGGCUGCCAAGGCCCGAGACGGGGAAUUUGAAGAUCCUCCUGACUGGGUCCCGGAUGAAGUCUGUAGUCUGUGCACCGCGUGUAAAGCUCCUUUUACAGUCAUCCGCAGGAAACACCAUUGUCGCAGUUGCGGCAAGAUCUUCUGUUCUCGCUGCUCUUCCCAUUCUGCGCCAUUACCGCGGUACGGUCAGAUGAAGCCGGUUCGCGUCUGUACACACUGUUACAUGUUCCACGUCACUCCUUUCUACAGUGACAAAGCUGCAAUUUGAUGC